CAAGAGUGGUGUUUUGGUGUGUCAGAUCUUGUUCCAUUGGUGGAGUCAAUCACCUCAGGCCGUUUCUAUCGCCUGAUAGAUCAAGUGAGCAGGCUGCAGUGCUAGUGGCUGUAAAACCCCGAGCCGGAACAUUGCAGCGGCUGUGGGUGGGUCAUUGCCUGCUUGUGUGGGAGGAAAGGGGACGAAUAACCAACAAAAUACAAAACAUUUCCUGCCAAUAACAGUCCCUCUGCAGCACUCCUUUUUCUCCCCACCCCUCCCAAAAGAAAACUGGUCACUGCUUUAAAGCAAACAGCUGAAUGUCCCCAGCACCGUUACAAAAAGCUAAAGGAGCACCUCCUUUAAUGUUGUGCUGCCUUCAAACUGUGUGUGUGUGGUUCUGAAGCAGGUCUCCUCGGCUGUGACCACGCGGCACUCUUUUUUUUUUGCGUAAAUUAUUGUGACCACUGAAGGGUUCAGAGUUUCCUCUGAAGAGGGUUCUUGUUCUGUCCUGAAGUCAGCAGCAGCUCCAAAGCGCUAUGUAUAGAGUCAGAAGAGCAUGUCCAGUCUCUAGCGCUGCAUCACCGUGAAUAGACCGCCCUGUUUAUACUGAUAAACCGACUGCCUCAGAGACACAGACCAUGAAUUACGUUGGGCAACUGGCUGGGCAGGUGUUUGUCACCGUGAAAGAGCUUUACAAGGGAUUGAAUCCUGCAACUCUAUCAGGGUGUAUUGAUAUCAUUGUAGUCCAACAGCCAGAUGGAAGUCUUCAGUGCUCUCCAUUCCAUGUUCGCUUUGGAAAACUCGGUGUGCUGCGCUCCAGAGAAAAAGUGGUGGAUAUAGAAAUCAAUGGAGAACCUGUGCAAUUACAGAUGAAACUUGGAGACAAUGGCGAAGCAUUUUUUGUUCAAGAAACAACAGAUAAAAAGGCAAAUGUUCCUUUACACUUGAAUACCUCACCUAUCCUUGGAUCGGAAGGUGCUGCACUAAAAGAAGGAACAACAGGGAGACGCAGAGAAUUGACUGGAUCUUCCCACACAUCAGUACCAACUCAUGUUACACAGGCUGCUCCAGAGAACCAACUCGGUAACAGCUCUGCAAAGAAAAGGAGGAAAAGGAGGCGCAAAUCGAGAGUGGACAAUGUAAAACGAGAUGACAACAGCGAUACUUCAGAGAAUGAAGAUAUGUUUCCGAUUGAAAUCAGUUCUGAAGAGGAGAUUGAAUUCCCUGAAACUGUAAGGAACUCCACAAAUAUGUGCAGUGACAAGAAUCUUCAGGUCAGUGCCUUGACCAGCUUCACUCAGUCUUCAGUGCAUCCACUUUCUGACAGCGAAUGCUCUUCCAGACCUGGUCUGCCUGUAGAAAACAAUGAACACACUUCACAUCUUUUGGUUCCUGUUGCUGGAGGUUUGUCUAGCUCUUGUCCACAGCCAUCACCUCUCUUCCCGUCUUUGCUCAGUGCUGCAAGAUCCCACCCUCCGACACCUAACAGCGAUUCUGAAUUGGUUAGCAAGCCAUCUGAAAGAGGGAUGAAUAGAAUAAACACUGAAAUGCACUGGGUGUGGGGUGAACUACCUCAAACUGGCAAGCUUGUAACUCAUCAGAAAACAGAAGAACAUAACUGCGUUAACAUCACUCUAUCUGGAAACACUCACUUCCGAGCUAUUGAGAGCGCCCCUUACGUAAACACUCACGGCAGUUCACCUCCUCCUCCGCUAGUGAAACCCGAGCCUCUAGCAGUAAAAGAGUUUACAUCUCAGUCAACGGACAAUUUUGCGUGUAAUUCAGAAAUCUUUGAACCCUCGAGAGCUCUGGUGAUGCCAGAAAAUGGGGAGCCAGUUCACAUUGGCAACCAGAUGAAGGAAAUCAGCAAAACUGAUUCCCCAUCAAAGAAGAAAGGUAAACGCAGUCGUCACCUGGGCACAGAUGGUGUUUACCUGGAUGAUAUCACGGAGAUGAAUCCUGAGAUCGCAGCACUUUAUUUUCCAAAAUGUGAAAAUGGCACGGCUAGUAGGAAUGAGUCUGAAAAUGGAGUACCUUCGGAAAACCAGUCACCACAGACAGUAGGCAGCUCUGGAAUGGAUAGUGGAGUUGACAGUUUCUCUGAAUGUACUGGGGAUCUACCAACCAUUGCUAUUUCACUCUGUGGUGGGCUUAAUGACUAUAAAGAAAUAACGAAAGAACAAUUUUUGCAGCGUUCCGUCACGUAUCAACAGUUUGUGGAGAAUCCAGGAAUGAUUGAUGAUCCCAAUCUGGUUGUGAAGAUAGGAAACAAGUACUAUAACUGGCCAACAGCUGCUCCUAUGCUUCUAGCUGUGCAAACAUUCCAGAAACCAUUGCCAAAGUACUCGUGCCUCAGUUACCUGCAUUCGCUGUUUAAUGUUGCUACGUUUUGGUUUGCAAAGAUUCGUUUCAUGCCCACGGUCACGGUGGAAAAUCUGAUUAGAGAAAAGAUGCCGAAGAAAGGAGGCAGAUGGUGGUUUUCAUGGCGUGGGAGGAACACCAAAGUGAAAGUGGAGCCAGAAAUUGAGCAGACUGGAAGUGGGCAGGACACAAGACCACAAUCUGCACUUCCUGGAAGCAGGUUAAAAGAUGAAUCAUCAUCCAGCGAUGAAGAUGUGAAAAUGAUCAACCAAAAUUCCAGCGCAUGCCAGCAAGAUCACAGCUUGUCAUCUUUGUCAUAUGUUUCAUAUGUGAAAUCCCUUCGGCUCAGUUCUGAACAGCUUAAAAGCCUCCAGCUAAAGGAAGGUCCAAAUGAUGUUGUAUUUAGUGUCACAACACAAUACCAGGGCACAUGUCGUUGUGAAGGUACUAUCUACCUCUGGAACUGGAAUGACAAAAUAGUUAUUUCUGAUAUUGAUGGAACAAUUACAAGGUCUGAUGCCUUGGGUCACAUUUUGCCUACACUUGGUAAGGAUUGGACACAUCAAGGAAUAGCGAAACUGUAUCACAAAGUUAGCCAAAAUGGGUACAAGUUUCUGUAUUGCUCAGCACGUGCUAUCGGGAUGGCUGAUAUGACCCGUGGAUAUUUGCACUGGGUUAACGAAAAGGGGACGGUGUUGCCGAAAGGCCCUUUGUUACUUUGUCCCAGCAGUGUUUUUUCUGCUUUACACAGAGAGGUAAUUGAGAAGAAGCCUGAGAAGUUUAAGAUCCAGUGCCUAACAGACAUCAGGAACCUCUUUUACCCGAAUAAAGAGCCUUUCUAUGCAGCUUUUGGAAACCGAUCUAAUGAUGUUUACUCUUACAAACAAGUUGGUGUCCCAAUAAAUAGAAUAUUUACGGUCAAUCCUAAAGGUGAACUAAUACAGGAGCAUGCAAAGACCAAUGUAUCAUCUUACGUAAGGCUGAGUGAAAUAGUUGACCAUGUGUUCCCUCUGCUAAAGAGAGAGCAUUCCUCUGACUUCCCUUGUUCUGAUACCUACAGCCAAUUCACAUUCUGGAGAGAACAGCUGCCAACUGUGGAAAACCUCAAAGCUUCCCAGGACUAAACUUGAUGCACGUUGUGAAAUGGUUUUUAUUCAUUUUAAGUGCUCGCAGCCAUUGCUUGCAUUGAGAAGCUGAAAGUAAUGUAGUAGGAAAGCUGCUAUCCGUUCAUUGAACCUCUUACUUUACAGACUGUCCUUCUGUAAGGAUAUUAUUACAGGUUAAGAAUGAAGUCACUCACUCAGAGUAUGUAAAAGCACCAGGUUUCAUAAGAAACUACUUUUCAUUGUCAAUAUUUUCUGUAAUAUGUUCCACAUUGAUACUACAUUUUACUUUAUUUAAGAUCACAAUCUACACUUAAGCAUGCGUUUUGUGGUCUUUAAAAGUAUUCACCAAUUUUUCCUCACAUAUAGAACUAUUUAGUGUGCACUUUUUUGAUUAGUUAAAGUCCACAUUCUUUAGAUGCAGCUUGUCAUGCCCCAGUAAACACUGCAGCUUCAAAGGCUAAACUUGUUUAAAUUGUUGUUUUCACCAGCUGCCGUCCUCCAGUAUUCCCACACACUGCACUGUCUUUUUAAUCCAUUUUCCUGAAGACAGUCUUCUGUUAGGCUGCAUUUCUCUGGCUGCCAGCUGCUAAUUAGAUUCAGACACGUCAUCCCUGCUUUUGCACCUCAGCAGGGCUAAAGGUGGUUGACUGAAUGGGGAGGGGAACCUCCCAGUGCUUUUCUUUCCAUAACUAAAGGGCACCAAAGCUGAUUUGACAUGCACAUGGUUUAGCACACUAAGCUAUCAAGGCACUACUGAUGAAAUAUUAACAUUGUAAAACAAUCAUUGGAUUGAGGCAUUACUGUGAGGAUUUUUUAUGUAUUUUAAUUUGAGUCAAAAGAUUGCAUUGACUUUUAAUUUUCUGAAGAAUCGAUAACUUGCUGUUAAAAAAAUUUUAAAUAUUUUGCUCAGACUUUUUUAAUAGCUAGUUAGAGUACGGAGAUCAGUACUGUCAAUGCAAAACAGCAGUUACUAGAAAUCCUGACCCCAAAAAAAAGCAGACAAUCUGGAAUGGUUUAGCAGGUCAGGCAGCAGUUGAGGGGGGGGAACUGGGUUAACAUUUCAGACAGAUGAAGUUUUUAAAAUCAAACUCUAUCUGACACAUUUUUUUUGUACUGCUGCUGCUCAGAUGCUGUCAGAGCUGCUGAGUGUUUUCAGCACUUUGUUUUCACAGCCCUGUGCUAUGCCUUUUCAUGUAAUGCUGCAGAUGGCAUUCAUGUUAGUGCAAUUGAACUGCAGACUUGUUACAGGCUACAAUUUGAUUAUCGCUGCCUUACAUCAGCAAUUGUAAUCUCUGGUUUCUGCCAAGAGCUGCAGUAUAGCAUUUAAUUGGAGGUGAACUGAGUUAAGUUUCUCUAACCAUCUGGGUUCAGUACUUCUCCAACAGUCGCAGGGUUUUUCCCAUGUCUGGAAAUGGCUUCAAAUAUGUGCGCAAGGGCAUGUUUUAAGGUAUUGUGUGUUCUAAAGAAAGGAAAAGCUCGUACAUUGAGUUUAUUGUCUAAUGAGUGAGUCUCUUCUACUUGUAGUAUUUCCACAAAAAAAUUAAUUUGAAGACAUUACUAACUUGUCUGGGGAAGGGAGAUGUAAAAUUUAACUAACAAAAACCUCUGGAAAGCACAAGUACCAUGUGUCCGUAGUGGAAUCCAUAGUGUUUUAUUUUUCUGAUACAAUGGUCGCAGUCACAAAGUGGCAUUGUUGUGAUGGAUUGCAAUUUGUUCCUGAUUCUUUUUAAGCUGCAAUUAAACUGGGUGGGAAAUUGGGCCCAGAAUGUAAAGAGUAUUUUCUUUCUAUGAAAGAUAAAUAAUUGAAGCUUUGAUUUCAAAUCUGUUAUGUUUUGUUAUAAUUAUUACAACUAUCUCAACCAUUGCAAUGUUACUGUAAGUGAAAUAAUGCUACAUCAUGCAAAUAAACAACUCCAUAA